AGAUUCACUUUAUCCAACCUGAAUGCAGGUUCUAGAGUUCCUAGCCAUCAAUGGCAACAAAAGGAAAGGAGACUGUUCAGGGAAAGGAGAAAAGGGGAAUAUCUCCUUCCUAUCCACGUCAAACCGACACCACGCAGCGCAGAAGAAGCCCUAACUCAUCCACUAGAACCUCUCCUGAUCACAAGCAUGCUGCUGCUUCAGAGAAACAGAUUCCAAAUUAUCUCAAACCAACCCAAAGCUCAACCCUUGAUCCUUCUAAUUCUAAGCAACUUCCCAGGAAACAAGGCUCCAAUGAUACCACCAGACCCAAUCUCAACAGAAGAAGAUCCUUUGACAAGCCUCCCUCACCUAUUCGACUACAAAAACCACAACCUUCUCUCAGUCCUAGGGCCUUGCCUCUCCGAUCUUCGUCUUUUUCAGCUAGAACCACCAAUUUGCCAAAACCCCACCCAGAGAGAUUGUCUAAAACACCUAAGGAAGUUGGAAAACAUCACUCCAUAUACGCAAAACCUGCAAGUGCGAAAAAGACUAGCUCUAUCACUAAGAAGGAAAUCAAUCCAAGUAUUGCUUUGACAACAAAAGUUCCAAGUAUUGGUUCUCCUGAUGUGCUUGAUUCAACUGAUAUAGCCAAUACUGCAAAAAAGCUUGAAUCCCAGCAAGAAGAUUCGGUCACUGAAGCUGGAGAACAGAUGUUACAUGAUGAGAGCAACACUGAAAUGCCGGCAGAAAUAUUAAAACUUGAAGAUAAUGAUCAUGCAGGUCUUGUACAAUCUGUAGUGGAGAGUCAAGAAGGUGAGGAAGUCGAGGUUUGUGAAGUUUAUUCUAUUUCAGAAGAUCAAAAUGAAUCUCUAAGUGUUCAGAUGGAAGAACCAGAAGAGAAAAUACAUUAUGAGGAAACUGGCAGUCACCAUCAUGAAGUAAAAGACCAGAACAAAGAUGAGAACGAUAACAAUGGUAAACAAGAGGAGAGCUAUACAGGUGAAUCCCAAAUAGAGGAUGAAUGGAGGGUAGGAGAAGAGAGAGAAAAAACAUUGGAAGAGAAGCAAGCUGUUGAUGAAGAGAGCCAAAAUCUGAAUUCCAAGGAAAUAGAAGAAUGGGAAAACAAUGUCAAGGAGGUAAAGCCAGAGGAGAAUGUGGUACCAAAGCACCAAGGUGGUCAAGGGAAGAAGGAGUCUCCAGCAUACAACGAUGUGAUUGAAGAGACUGCUAGCAAGCUUCGAGAGCAGAAGAAAAACAAUGUAAAAGCACUGGCCGGGGCCUUUGAAACUAUUGGUAAAGUAGAAAAAUACGGAUCAAAAAGGAGGGAAUAUACAGGAGGACAUAUACAUAAGAACACCAGGCCAGCAACACAUGCCAAGACAUCAAACAAAGUACAGCAAAACAAGGAAGGGGAGCAUUCUCACCAGAUUGCCCUCAUUCGAAGGAGUAAUUGA